CCAUCCUUCAUAUUAUACUCUGAAACUUGUUUGCACAUAGAACAAUGGCUUCUUCAAUUAGAUCGUGUUUGGUUCUUUUCCUCUCCUCCCUUUUCAUUCAUGCAUCUCUAGGUGAGAUAGUGUGCGAGGAGCUAGGAAAGGAGGUGUGCGCGUUCUCGAUAGCAUCGUCGGGGAAGAGAUGUGUGUUGGAGACGGAGAGGCAGGAGGAAACAGGGAGGGUGGAAUACCAAUGCCGGACGUCGGAAGUGGUGGUGGAGCACAUGUCAGAGUACAUAGAGAGGGAUCAAUGUGUGAAGGCUUGUGGUGUUGAUCGCCGAUCUGUGGGUAUUUCAUCUGACGCUUUGCUUGACCCACGUUUCACCGCCAAGCUCUGUGCUUCUCCUUGCUCCGACCACUGCCCCAACAUUGUCGAUCUUUACUUCAACUUGGCUGCCGGCGAAGGAGUAUAUUUGCCAGAUCUGUGCGAGAAACAGAAGACCAAUCCUCGUCGUGCCAUGGUGGAGCUGAUGAGCUCUGGAGCUGCCCCUGGUCCUGUUUCUGACGUUUCAUCAGCUGAUUUAAAGGCAGCACCUGCUCCUUCUCCCUUCUAAACGCCGCCGUUUUCAUUCUUCUCAAUCCUUCAACUUCCUUUUGCAGAAAUGGUGUAAAUGAGAUGACCCAAUAAUAAUAUAUAUAAUACCACCAUAUUAUAAUUAGAAUUAAUAUAUACUACAUAUAUAGAGAGAGAGAUACAGGCCAUAUGGGUUUUGGCUUGGGUUUUAAUUUGAGAAUAUUUGUUUAUUGUCGAACAAGAGGACGGAUUUUUCUCUUUUUUUAAAAAAUAUUGGAGAGUAUUGAGUUGGACAUUGUGAUGAUGAAUUAUAUUAUAUUACAUCCUAUAUUGUGUUAUUUGCUAUAUCUUCCAAUUCUGGAACUUUCGUAAAUAAUUAUUUGUUCCUUGUCA